AGCAGCUGCGCUAGGGGACGAGCCGCGCCAGCCCUUCCCGGGAUCGCUCAGCGCCAACUGCACGCAGCCGGGCGGGGCCACUUGGGCACUGAAGUAGCUGAAAUGAGAAAGAGGCAGCAGUCACAAAAUGAAGGAACAUCAGCUGUGUCUCAAGCACCUGGAAACCAAAGGCCCAACAACACAUGUUGCUUUUGUUGGUGCUGUUGCUGCAGCUGUUCAUGCCUCACUGUUAGGAAUGAAGAUAGAGGAGACAAUGCAGGAAGGCCAACACAUACGACCAAACUGGAGAGUAUUCAGGUCAUAGAAGAAUGCCAAAACCCUACUGCAGACGAAAUUUUGUCUUGGGCUCAGAAUUUUGACAAGAUGAUGAAAACACCAGCUGGGAGGAACCUUUUCCGAGAGUUUCUCAGAACGGAGUAUAGUGAAGAGAACCUGCUUUUCUGGCUUGCAUGUGAAGAUCUAAAGAAGGAACAGAACAAGAAAGUUAUUGAAGAAAAAGCAAGACUUAUAUAUGAAGAUUACAUUUCUAUACUAUCACCAAAAGAGGUUAGUCUUGAUUCCCGGGUGAGAGAAGUUAUCAACAGAAACUUGUUGGAUCCCAGCCCUCACAUGUAUGAAGAUGCCCAGCUCCAGAUAUACACCUUGAUGCACAGAGACUCUUUUCCAAGGUUUUUGAACUCUCAGAUUUAUAAGUCUCUUGUUGAAAGUAUUACAGGCUCUACUUCUGAAACUUAGUUAUAAUUUUCAAAAAAAUAACUUGAUUAGUUGGUUUUUUUGUUUUUGGGUGGGUGGGAUGGAGGAAAAGUAGUUUAAUAACAUCUGGAGCUGGGUUCCUGGAGAACUACAGUUUAGCACUACUCAGGCUACUGUGAAGAAAAAAAAAACAAACAAAUUAUGGUCUCUGUCUACAUUUUUACCAAGGUCCUCCUUGCUCAAGAUGACAUAGGAGAGGAUCAAUGGAUUUGCCAAAAUACAUUUGUUUCACACUCCUUUCACCCUACUGCAGUCAAGAUUGCAAUGAUGUAUUUGUAGUUUUAUGAACAGUCCCCUUGUGUAUUCUCACACUGCAUGUGCAAGGUAAAAC